AAUACUAUCAAUCAUAUGCCUUUAUUUUUGUAGCCGCCAUUGAGAUCUGAUUCGAGUUCUGGCGGCACUUCAAGCUCUACGACCACUCCAAAUGCUUCGUCAAGCAACGCGAGCAGCAGUAGCAGUACCGCCCCUUCAUCUCCGGCUACGCCGCCACCUAGAGGUCAACAAGCUCCCCCACCCCCUCAGCAGUUGCCACCAAAAAUUAUUGCUCCCAAACCUGACAUUCUGUUAAACUCUGCAAAAUCGACCACGCCUCAGAAAUCUUCCUCUCACUCGCAUGUUAGUGGGAACAGAUCUCCCGAUGUCCAAGCAUUUCCUCUUCAUCAAGAUAAAGAGAAAAGACACAGCUUCUCCAGUAUGACUGUACCACAACAAGCAACUCCAAAUCAUAAUAGACAUUCGGCUGAGAUACUAGCUUGUGAAGCUCAGGUAUCCGGUCCAAACCUACAGGUUCCAGAAAGGUCACGAAGAAGCGGAAAUUCACCUGCUUUUGAAUUACAACUUCCGGCUACCUAUGUGGCUCUGUAUGCAUAUAAACCUCAGAAAACUGAUGAAUUGGAAUUGAAAAAGGGGAAUAUCUACAUGGUUACUGAAAGGUGCCAAGAUGGCUGGUUCAAAGGUACCUCGAACCGCACCCAAAAAAGUGGUGUGUUCCCGGGCAACUAUGUGGUGCCAGCGCGUGGUGCUCAUGUACCAUCAGGUUCGACCGGUUCAUCGGUUACAUGCCCUGCUAGACCAGCCAAAGGGAGUGCCAGUCUGACUGCCCCUGAGCUACCACCUAGAGCUAUUAGUCCAGCCCCUUCCAGCAUUUCAUCUAGUUGGCAUGGUCACGAAAGCAGCAGACAAGAGAUUGGUAGAAGCAGCAGCCAAGCUGCAGUGGGAACUAGCAGCAAAGAUAAGUCUAAAGAGCGAAAGGAUAAGAGUUCAGUAAGCCUAAUGCGUCGCCUAACUAGUAUCAAGCGGUCUAAGUCACCUCCACCGUCUUCUUAUUCUAUGGACAAUCCGGUUUUUGAAGAUUCUCAAGUUAGUGCAAAAUCAUCCCCUGCACAUCCUAUACACGUUAGAUCGGGAUCAUGUCCAAGUCAGCUGCUGCAAUUGCAACCUAACGAUCACCGGUUGUUCGGAUCGACGUCACAGCGGCACAAACACAAAGAACGACCUUCGAUUCUAACUCAUACUGCUGCCGUUGCAUCUGCCGCAUCAAGGACACCUGACCAUCCUGGAAGCUCAAGCUCGAGUCCAGACGUACAUCGUCACCGUAAAUCGAAUUCCCUUGAUGCAGGUAAUAAAAACUCCAAAACUGGAGUACAAACCGUUCGCGAGAGAUUCAGAUGUAUUGCACCCUAUCCACCUAAUAGCGAGUAUGAGCUGGAACUUCAGGUGAACGAUAUUAUCUAUGUACAUAAGAAAAGAGAAGACGGAUGGUAUAAGGGGACGCAACAGCGUACUGGGAAGACUGGUUUAUUUCCAGCCAGUUUUGUAGAAAGUUAUUGAUUUAUUAGCAACUAUUAGGAUAAGUGCAAAUAUUCUCCGGUUUUUAUUUUAUAGAACAUUUGUAUUUAAUGGGAAUAUUUAGGAAAAUCUUUACAUAUAGCUUUUUUCACGGUUUUUGGCGGUUACGUUACAAUGUCUUACGAAAUAAGCUGCUGCACAUGGUGUGCAAGACUUGUAGAAAAUUGCAAACUGCAUAAGGGAAACCUUAGCGCAGUAGCUCUUUGCUCUCGCACACCGGUAUCAAUUAGGUACUACAGGGUCGUUGUUUCCAUUCACUUAGGUGGUAGACGGUCUCUGACAGUCGAACGCGGAGGAACAACCCGCGCAUCUCUAAGGCCGGCCCAGAAUGUUUACAUGUUACAUGCGUGUUCCCUCUCUAGGGUCCGUGUGGCGUCCCCCUGUUCCCUGUAACCCCCUAUAGCACCCAUUGGUGUUUAGGCUUUAGGCCUUCGUGGUGGUUUAAGACUAAAAAAUUACUAUAAUAAAUUAAACACAGACUGUCGACGUUCUAGUUGAAUCUUAAGAUCAACACAAUGUAUGCUUGGAAUUGCAAAGUUGUAAGUGCUCAGAAGUAAACUUUUCAUUAUAGAGGUUUGAAAAUUUGGACAUGCUUAUCUAUGUCAUAUGUAAAUUAAUCACGACAUUUUUUUUAAUUUUCAUUUUAGUCAUAUUUGGCCUAGAAGAAAUUAUAAAAAAAUAUAUUAAAACAUAGCAGAAAUAUAUUUAUUAAAAAAAAUAUACAAUUAUGUUAGUCCGAACUGAAGACGAAAAUGUAUUUUAUAACACAUACAAUCUAAUAUUUAUUGUAAUAUUUUCACAAAACAAUGAUUUAAGAUUAUUAUAAAAAAAUGUAAUUUGAGAAUGGCUUUAUAAUAUUCACAAUCCACUUGUUGCACAUCAUUGCUUUACUGGCCGCCACCUUGUCGACAGACAGGUAAUUUUUGGCUUCUGCAGGUUUUGGAAGAACCAUUAUUGCAAAUGCCCCUGAUCUAGUUAUAUCAACAGGUCUUAGAUCAACUGUUAUCCAUGUUUCUUCUGCAUGGGACGUUUUAUAACUUGAUUAAAAAAACGACUGUGUGAAAUUUAGAGCUGUUAUUUUUGCAAUCAAAAAAUGCUUUACAAGCCUUAAAGUCUUUAAUAUUCAUAACUUUCAUUUAUAUUAUGCAGUAUGGUUUCUUUGUAUUAACUUUUAAUAGUCAUAUUAAUGAUAUCGGAGAGAAGUAUUCAGAUUUAUUAAGAACUCUCUCGAUACAACUAUAUACAUUAUCUAUUUCUUGUACACAAUAAUGUUCUGGUGCUGAAAAUUUCAUGGUAAUGUUCAAUAUCUUUAGAUGUGUCUUCAUGACACGUGCUAUUGCAUAAGACAUUAAUGAAUUUCUGUUUUGUGGAAUACAUCUGUCACUCCACAAAAUCAGACUAAUACCCAUUCCAAAAUAGUUAUAACUGCUCUAGCAGCAUUUCAUCCCAAAUAGCACAAUAUAUAUGUUUAGUACUUGGAUUGCAGUAAGAUUAUACACAUUAAGUUUGCUUCUAUACUUAUUAUUUCUGUAUUCAAAUUUUCUUUAUAUUUCUGCUUUCCGUCUCGGUAAGCUGUAUUUUCUGUAGAACGAUUUAUAAACUGUCCAUUUUUCUCAUCUGUCAAUCUAUCUUCUCUUUUCAAUAGUUUAAUUCCCUCACACGUCACUCCGGUCCUUUUUUGGAAUUUGGAAAUGGAGAUUGUAAUCAUUGCAAAAAAUAUGACUGUAGAACGAUUCUUUUUCUGGUUGUCACUUUUCAGCUUCACAUCUUUCAACAUAAAUGUCAUACAUUUUCUUGACACUUAGGCAUUACUCUAAAUAUUCUCUAGUACUUGUACUGUGGCACUAGUAGGAUUCUACUUUUGGGAAGCUCUCUAUGUGCAUUUUACGAAAAUUUUUGUGUUUUGCAUGCUUUCCUGGUGUACUUUUUUUUCGAAGUAUUUGAUUCUGUUUCUUUGUUUGAAUGAGUAUUGUAUAGGGGUUUGGCUUAUAUUAAGUGUUCCCAAAUAAAAUAAUUUACAGACUUGAAUUCUGUUAGAACCUACAUUAAAGAAACGAUGAAAAGUAAAUUUUCGGCGACUAUUUUCAUUUUCCUUUCCUUUUCUACGUCUCUGCUCAGAUAACUUUUUUUUUGUUUGUGCAUCAACUUUGUAAUAAUUUUCAAAUAUUUUGUUUUGUUCAUCAGCUGUAAUUAAUUUUUUUCAACUAUGUAGACAAUUAUUCAGGCAGUUCUUUUUGUCUACAAUAGCCUUUGCUGGAACAUGUCGAUUGGAUUCCCUUUUCUGUUUCUAGUCUUUGUUUCACUCUUAUUCUGCUCCAUCUCAGCUUUAUAAUCUCCCUCGUUUUCUGAGAUGCAAAUAAUUCCAAAUCACAAUAAAUAGAAAACCUUACGAUAUAGUUAUCAUAACAAAUCUGCUCUCAAAAGAUAUUUCUGGUAAGUAUUCUCUAUCCCUAUCGGAGUCUUAACCUUCUAAAUCAACUAUAGACUCAUUCUCUCUUUCCGUUAUUAAUAAGGGGCUCUGAUGACUUGCGCCACUCACACUAGCUGUACCUGCAAUUUUCCUAAAACAGUACGAGUAUGUUUUUAACGCCUGCCAUUUUCAAGGCCGUGGGAUAAAACGAAAAAUCGUAUGUCAGCUUACAUAAUCAAAUGUUCGCGCAUAUGUGAGGGAGAUGGAUAAAUGAAAGUUCUUCCUGUAACUUUACAGUGACCCGCCAAAAGCCGUGACAAAACCUAUAAACAACUACAAUCCUUACACGAACAUUCUUGCUCACGGGGACAAUGGAACUCACCCAGAAUAGGCGCUGAACAAAACGAUAAAAUGUUCGUACAAUUUGUUCGUUGUUCCGCCACGUUAGAAAUGCAUUAGAUUAAUAUUUAAAUUUUUUUUGCGUGGAAUUGGCAAAAAAACAUCAUGCAACUUCAUACAUUGACUUGAGUAGACUGAAUUCACAGAAUAGGAGGUUUUCGUCGACAAUUCUUAAUGAAAAGACAUUGACUCUCCACUGGAGUAUUCAGGGUUUGAGGGCUGUGGGGUUUAAACUCCUCUUCCCCUCCCGCGUUUCAGCGAUUUUAUUUUUUCGUUUCCACCCGUAGCUCUGCCGCCACUGGAUCGAUUUUCGAAACCUAGUUUUUUCGUCCUUGACUUCGUGUCAAAAUUUUAUGAAAACCGACAGACCAACGGAAAUUGGUGACAUGUUUUUUCGAAAUUUAAAGCGAUUUUUUCUUCACCAACAGUGAAGUAACACAUUUUGACUGACUCGAUCUGAUACAAAUCCAUACUGAAGUGGCAAUACUGUAACUUAGUCUGUGCCAACAGUUCUUUCCAUUAGUUUUGUGAGCAUCCUAGGAUUGAAUAGCUGUAAUGAAUGCUCGUGUAUAGGCUGCAAAUACAAAUACACUGAUCCAAUGACAUGAAAGUGUUAGAGAAUUGUCUCCAAAAUCAUUGGUAUUUUUAUAUAUUUUGCCAAAGCUGAAGUUGAUCUUUACUUCUAGACAAAGUUUCAAAACCUGAUAUUACUUUAUAUUCACCAUUUUUGUUUUUCGGACCGCGUCAUUUUGCAUACCUAACAGCAAUCCUAUCAGACGCUAUGUUCAGUUCAGAACUACCCUAGAACCGUUCGGACACUGACAUGUGACAGCAACCAAUCGCAAAGCGGUUCACCAGUCACAAGAUUCCACUGCGCAGAAUCAACGGUUCUAAGAUAGUUCUGGUAGCAACCAGACAAGGCUAAUUUGUACAGCAUGUAGAAUUAUUCCUUUAUUCGAUUUUGAUUUAAUUCAUUCUGUGUUGUGAAAUAAAUAUUGACAAAAACGAGCCAAGAAAUGAAGUGAAACUCCUUGGUACUUCAUCUGUUGGAACAGUGUUCACGUUCUGAAAAACGCUCAAAUCAAUGCAAAGGACAUACAUCCGAUUUCCAAAGUGCUUGUAUUUUAGUUUUAUCGUUUGAAAUGUGGAUACAGAGAUCUUAAAAGCAAUAGGAAAUGUACAUCCGCAGCCUCGCGGUACUCAAAUGAUUCAGCAAUCAUGGUGGCUAAAAAUGCAACAUUUCCUAUUCAAUACUAGUUUUACUACACAAACGAAUGCUUUGAAAUAGGAGAAUGUUCUGCAAUCUGUAAAAUUAUUGUGCGUUUCAUAAUGCAACUGUAUAUUUUAUUUAGAAUGAAAAACUGACACUCAAAGUGUCGAAUAGAUGAAUUCAAGUAAACAAAGACAAACAGGGAUACAAAAACAGUGCAUGCUAAAUAAGUAGUAAUAAAUAUUAAAGUAAAAUGCAAUAAUAGUAGUAAGAUAUGCACUUCACAUUUAAGCAUCCAUCUUCUCAUUUUAGCAUUUAAGUGAGCAGAAUUUGAGUCUUACAUGGUUUAGGUAAUUUUUAAAGCAUUUUUUAUUCGAUCUAUGGCAAAUCGUAGUCAUUCUCUAUACUUUAAAAUUAUAAGUGUAGUGAAACUGAUAAUACCAGAUCAUUAGUUCAUAUAUUGAAUAAAAACCACACACUAUAUAGAUAAGUCAUUAGCAAUUGAUUGUUUAUAACAGCCAGCAGCAAAAAAGUAAAAUAUGGCAUAUAAUUCUUCACUGCCACUAGCUGUUUCACUCUUUUGUUUUUUUGAGAACAUGCACAAAAUCUGGUUGAAUGCAUUUUAAGUCACAAAGCACAAUGUAUUCAAUGUAAAACAGCAGUUUUAAAUCAAUUUUCUUUGUAUAUAACUAAUAAUUCUUGUCAUAACUAAUAUCUAUUUCAAAAGUAAUGACUAUCAAUAGAGAGUUUUGGUGAUUUCAAAUAUCGGUUUGGAAGAAAACUGUCACAAUCAAAAAUUACCAUUUUCAAACAUAUACCAAAUAACUUUAAAUAAUCCAUAUUAAUGAUAGUUCUCAGUGCUCUUGUUUGCUGCUUCAUGAUGACCUUCCUUAUUUCGAAUUUGUGCAGCACAUUUUUCUUAUUCAGCACUGUUGCCAGAAUUUGUAAAGCUGGAUAAGCUUAAUUAAAAUAAGUUCAAGUUAUGAAAACAUAUGAGUGUGUUGGAUGCAAAAAUCUGUAUUUGGUAUAUAAGUACUUUUGAGAUAAUGAGGAAAAACUGCUAGCUAUUAUUUCAGUCGGUAAAUUUUAGUGGAAUUAUAUUUUAAAUAUAGAGAAUCAGUUACUUAGUCGUAAGGAGCUCAAUUUUUUGUUCAGUGUUUGAUAUAUACUUCAAAAAGAGCGCUUGAAGGUUGCACUUACAGAGUUUUGCAAAUGAUGCUAGUAAGAACAGAUAUUUGCAUCUGAAAUAUGCAAAUAUCUCAUGGCGCCUGACUUUUUUAUUCAUGAAAACUCGAAAGUGUAUGGGAUACAUUUAUUAUUAUUUCACAAAACAACGUUUAGUACAUAAAAAAGUAUACUUCUAGUCAAACUCUGACGUCUUCCGGAUCAUAAUAAUCUAUGUGGCCAGUUUCCAUAACAGUGUCUUCUGUAUUGUUGUUCAAACCUUUAUCUAUUAUUUUAUAGAAAUCUAAAUCUGGAUUGUCUCUCCAAUCGGCUUCAUAAUGCUUUUUGAGUAGGGAAUCUAUGGAGGAUUUAUCACCUCUUAAAGUACUUCCGAUUCUUUGGAUACUUGGCUUCAGUUGAGCAACCUUUUUGCUCUUCCUCACUAUUGUUUUUGCACAGCCCAUGUCUGACUUGUAAAAUACUUCACCUCUUAGUGUGACAUAGUCCUUUUCCUUGCGAAAUAUAA